GUAGUAGGAGAAUGUGUGAUGAACACAGAAUGUGGUGUUGACCCACUGACUGGUCUGGAAGCUCCUUGUGCCAACUUUGUUCCUGCUAAGCCUCUUACGAAUGAGACAAGCAUAAAAUUACUCCAACAACUUUGCAGCAAGGCUUUUAACACAGAUGCCGGAAGUCCUGUAUGCUGCAGUGACCAUCAGUUGAGUUCUCUAGGUAGUCAGCUGAAUGGUCCUCUAGCUCUUAUGCUUCGGCGUUGUCCAUCUUGUUUUAACAACUUGGCUAGUGUGUUUUGUAUGAUGACUUGUUCUCCAGACCAAAGUUCAUUUAUUCAGGUUUUAAACACGACUCUAAUUAGCCAAGGGAAGAACAUGGUGACUGAAAUCAAUUAUUACAUGACAAAUGCUUUCUCAGAAGGUUUGUUUGAUAACUGUGAAAAUGUACAGAUGCCAGCAGGAAACAUUAGAGCUAUCGUCGUUCUCUGUGGUAGCUGGGGGGAAAAUUGCUCUCCACGUCGUUGGCUGGAGUAUAUGGGAACCCAUGACCCUUCACCAUUUCAGAUAAACUUUCAAUUUUAUGAAGGACCUGUACAUGUAGGAAAUAAUACUUACUUACCAAUGGACACUCCUGUUAUUCCUUGUUCUCAACCAGUGUCCCCUGGUGGUGAGGCGUGUAGCUGUGUGGAUUGUCCUACCAGCUGUGAUUCUCCUACUUUUCCUCAACCUCCAGCUGAAUGGGAUGUUUGGGGUAUUCCAGGAAUGUGGGUAGUCAUGAGCUUCAUAUUUAUUGCAGCUGUGAUUAAUAUAACGAUUUGCUUUAUUGCAAGGAUUCUUCUUCAAAAAAAGCCAGAAGAUUCUGAGAAUUUGUUAAACAGCGAUGAAUCAAUUUCUGAGGAAGAUGCAGUUUUUCUGUCCCAUGAAGAUGUCAAGAAUCCUCUAGAGAAAAUAGGAGCACAUAUAGAAUCUAAACUAGAAGCUUUCUUUACUCAUUUGGGAACAUUGUGUGCGAGUUAUCCAAUUCUGAUACUGUUUUGUGGUGUUGUCUUAGUGAUGGUAUCUUCAUGUGGUCUUAUAUUCUUCACUGUCACUUCAGAUCCUGUUGAGUUGUGGUCUGAUAAACAAAGUCAAGCCAGAAAGGAAAGGGACUACUUCAAUUCUCAUUUUGGACCAUUUUAUCGGACAGAACAAGUUAUUAUCACCAAAGUUGGAGGACGACCGUUUCACUACACAACACCCAAGAAUGAGACCCUGACUUUUGGACCAGUAUUUGACAAACAGUUUCUUCAUGAGGUGUUGUCUUUGCAACAUAGUAUCACAUCUCUAAUGGCUAGAAGUGGGGGGAAAAACAUCCACCUUGAAAAUAUAUGUUUUUCACCAAUGGACAAUGGAAAGUGCACAAUCAUGAGUCCCCUCAACUGGUUCCAGAAUAAUGAUACUAACUUGGACUUUGAAAAAGAAGGUUAUAACUACUUGGAUCACAUUCAUUCCUGCGUACAGAAUCCACUUGCUGUUGCUGAUUCUCUUCCACUGGGGUUGCCUUGUCUUGGAGAUUUUGGUGGUCCAGUGUAUCCAUAUGUGGCUCUUGGUGGUUUUAAAGGACAGGAUUUUUCAAAUGCAACAGCUUUGACCAUUACUAUGAUGGUUAACAACCAUAAAAAUGAUGCAGACAAUAGAGAUGCCAUGGCCUGGGAAAAACUGUAUGUGGAAUUUAUGAAGAAUUAUUCUAACCCGAAUAUGACCAUUUCUUUCUCUUCAGAGCGUUCUAUUCAAGAUGAAUUAGACAGAGAAAGUCAGUCAGAUAUUGUCACCAUUCUCAUCAGCUACCUCAUCAUGUUUGCUUAUGUUUCCAUAGCACUUGGAAGGUUUCGAAGAUGUAAACACUUAUUGGUUGAUUCCAAGGUUACACUAGGGUUUAGUGGAGUCCUGAUUGUACUACUAUCAGUGACAUCUUCUCUUGGCAUCUUCAGCUAUGCUGGUGUUCCAGCAACCCUCCUCAUUAUUGAAGUUAUUCCAUUCCUUGUUCUAGCAGUUGGGGUUGAUAAUAUUUUCAUCUUUGUCCAGGCUUAUCAUUUGUUUGUAGGAGCCCUCUCCACUAUGCCAGCAGUUCAUAUUUUUGCCCUUUAUGCAGGCUUAUCUCUGCUGAUUGAUUUUUUACUUCAGAUUACUUGUUUUGUAGCUUUACUUGCCUUAGAUACUCGGAGGGUAGAGGCCCAUAGAUUUGAUAUUGUGUGCUGUGGUAAGGCUAAUAAACCAGACUUGUUAGAUAAUCAUGGAAACAGCUGGCUCUUCAUCGUGUUCGAAAAGUAUUAUGCACCCUUUUUAAUGAAAACUCCUGUCCGAGCCACACUAUUAACUAUCUUUGUUGGUUGGCUGUGUUCUUCAAUAGCUGUUCUCAAUCAAAUAGAUAUUGGGCUUGACCAGAAGCUUUCAAUGCCUGAGGAUUCAUAUGUUCUAAGCUACUUUGAAGCCUUGGAAAAGUAUCUGUCUGUAGGAGCUCCUGUAUAUUUUGUCAUGAAAGGAGGCUACAACUAUUCAGAUUAUCAGCAGCAGAACCUUAUCUGUGCUUCCUCUGGAUGUAGUCAGUACUCAUUGCUUACUCAGAUCUCUAAUGCUGCUAGUUCACCUUCUCAAACGUACAUUGCCCAUCCAGCAACCUCGUGGAUCGAUGAUUACUUUGGUUGGGCAGCUAAUCCCUCAUGCUGUCAUGUCUUUCCUGACCAUCAGUACUGUCCUGUGGAUAAAGCUACCUCUGAGCACUGUGUUUCCUGUGAUAUAGUUGAUUUAAAAGACAGGAGAAUUUUCCCAUCAGACUUUGUGGCUUUCUUACCUAAUUUCCUGAGUGAAAACCCAGUGACGAUUUGUCCAAAAGGUGGCCAUGCAGCAUAUGCAAGUGGAGUGGAACUUUACGAUAAUGAUGCGAGGAUCGGAGCAACCUAUUUCAUGACCUAUCACACUAUACUUAAGACUUCUCAGGACUUUACCAAGGCUUUAAAGUGGGCACGUGAUAUUAGCAGCAACAUUACUGAUGUGCUUCGUACCAAUGGCACUGAUAAGAAAGCAACUGUUUUCCCAUAUAGUGUUUUCUACGUCUUCUACGAACAGUAUCUGACAAUGUGGAGAGACACCAUUUCAAAUCUGGCCAUUACCAUCUCGGCUGUUUUUGUUGUCACACUGCUUCUACUAUACCUUGAUAUUCAUUCCUCUCUAAUCAUUGUUCUCACAAUAACAAUGAUCAUUGUGAACCUAAUGGGAAUGAUGUAUUGGUGGAAUAUCAGUCUCAAUGGUGUUUCUUUAGUCAACCUAGUAAUGGCUGUUGGUAUUUCUGUGGAAUUCUGUGCUCACAUCACUAAAGCUUUUGGUAACAGUGUAAAGAAAACUAGAACUUUGCGUGCACAAGAUGCUUUAUCCAGAAUGGGCAGCUCUGUUUUAUCAGGUAUUACACUUACUAAGUUUGGAGGAAUUGUGGUCCUUGGAUUUGCAAAGUCUCAGAUAUUUCGAGUGUUCUACUUCAGAAUGUAUCUGGGUAUUGUCCUAAUUGGAGCUUCUCAUGGACUGAUUUUUUUACCAAUCCUACUUAGUAUUGCUGGGCCUGCACUAAAAAGAUCAAGACUCGGAGUUCCCAAAAUGGCAUCGUUAUCAGAUGAUUCAGCUAGAACAAUCACUAAUCUUCCAGACUAUACUAUUCAGUAAUAUAUAUCUAGAAGAAAUGAGGGACGGUGUUUAUAUAGAACAAUCACUAAACUUCCAGACCAUACUAUUCAGUAAUAUAUCUCCAGAAGAAAUGAGGGACGGUGUUUAUAUAAAACAAUCACUAAACUGUAUGGUGUUUAUUUUAGUCAAAU